CACGCACCCCUCGCGCGCCUUGCAUCCCCGACCAGACAUCCAUCCAGCUCGUUCGAUCGGGUCAUUGGCGGCUGGGAUCAAAAUGGCGGACACAGAUGAGGCCGCUAUCCACAUGCCCUCGCAGGAUUCGGGCAUGCACAUUGACACCGACCUCUCAGAUGAGACUCAGGACUUUCGCAUGUUGAAUAGCAUUUCCUUUCUCACAGAUGGAUCCCAACAGACUCUCCCAAAACGAGGCGAAAAGGACUUCGAACCGAAUCCGACGCUCUUCCAAGCCGACGUUCUCUCCGCCUCCCGGCAGGCAAUGCACAAUGCUCUCUCAUACCCCCGGUUACACCACCCGAAAACACAAGUGAUAGGUGUAUUUGCCCCCAAUGGACCAGCGCCUCCACGAUCCGCCCAGAAACUCGAUACGAUUACGGAAGAGUCCGAGCCCUCGAAACCCGCAGGCACGGGAAUGGGCAUCCACGCAGACGCAUGUGUCUAUGUUUCGAAUCCGAAGGGGCAAUAUUUCAAGUCUAUAGGGCAGGCUGAUCGGUGGAACCGCGUAUGGUUGCUCCCGGAGGAGGCUCUGUAUCUACUCGAGAGAGGAAGUCUGGAUAUCAGGUGGCCGUGCUCGGAGGUCGGAUGUGCUGAUGGUGAUGAGACGGAAGACUCGGGGAUUCCGAUGAGCUUGCAGGCUGCUCAUGCGGCCUUCAUGGGGCGGAGCGGUCUGACAAGUGAGAGAUUCUCGGUCUAUACGGGAUUGAGGCGGUUGGGUUAUACGAUUGUUCGUGCUCCCGGGUGGCACGAUGAGGAAGAGAGCGCGGACAGCAGCGAAUCAGAGCCAAUGUCACUGGAGAAGCCGCAGUCUGCCAGUCUAGUUGGGAUCUUUAACCAGCUUUUGCAAUGGCUGUACAGACCCAGCCCUACGACAGCGUUGGGGCCUGUGGCGGGUCUUGGAAUUCAUCGCAGCUAUGACAACAUAUACCGGAGCUUAUCCAUAAUCCCUUGGUAUGACCCGACUACUUCUUCCUCUCCGCCGCCACGUGCAACGGCGCCCUACCGCGUUGUUUUCCAUAUCUACAAACCAUCCACAGCCUUCAAGAAAUCCGCUCCUCCGGCCCCGGACUUCAGACUAGCCGUCGUGAAUGCACGCACUCACACCACCUUCCCGACGUCGUCUCAGCUUGGUGCAUUGCUCGAGAGCACGCCGCUCGACCCACCCGUCGGCGAGAAGAUGAGUCGCCAACUAUACAUGCGGCUCCGGCACGGUUAUAGAAACGUGAUUCUUGCAGUGGUAGAUGAGGGUGUUGUGAGCUAUCUCCGAAUUGCGGACUCGGCGUUUGGCAAGGAGAAUAUCUACAAAGAGAAGAACACGAGGGGCAAUAAAGGACCAUGGCGUCCACGACCGAAAGGGCGAUGAUGAGAUAACCUCCAAUUCGCACAACCUGCGCUAAUCACGACACCUGAGAAGGGUAAGAGCAUGUCCCGCCUAAGAUAGGGCCCUAGGAUCCACCGGUGAAAGGAUAAGGGCUUAAUAUAAUGGUGAAUGGCGACAGAUCUGCCAUCAUCUUUAGGACAUCCGCUCAUAGGUGAGAACGGAUGUAGAUGCUCAGAUGGCCAAGCCAGUGGACUUGUGUGCUGGCUGAAAGAAAACAAAUAUGCGGGGCAAAAGGCUUAAAGAAAAGAUAUGCUACGGGGCUUUUCUGUCUGUUCAUUCCCAGAUCUAUACCCAGACAUCGACGCCAGCCUACCGUAUGUGAAGAGUGAAGUCGAAACCACCAAACUCCAUGUUAAAUAUACAUAUG